UAGAAAGUCAUAACAUGGCCGGGACAGACCACCAAUUGCCGCAGACCUCCAACAGGAGCGGUAAUGGGAAGAGAAGCCUCUCUCGCCAGACCAAAUCCGAGAGCAGCUUUCAAUGUGGAUAUAGCACAUUGUGCGCACAGUCGAAGCGAAUGCGACGCAGUAGCUCGGAGCAGCGUUCAGCACAAGCUUCUUGGCCCACGACCACCACUGACGACAGCUCCACUUGCAAUCCCUCGGACAGCAGCAGCAGUAGCAGUAUUAGUAGCAUUGGCACCGCUCAUCUGACUCACACCGAAUCUCAGGACUCUGGCUACACCACCGAAAGCAGCUAUCAAACAGCCACAGAUAGCAGCUUUAGCCUUGGCACAGGCAGCCCAUUGCCUGCCGUUGAUGGCGCCCAGUUUCUGCACGAAAUUCAUGUGAGCAUUGAUUCCAAUGCGGCAGAAGCGACAGUGGAGACGAUUAGUAAUGAUCUGAGCAGUCUGCUCAGCAAUGAGGUGGAGCACAUUGUGUUGUCCUCUGCUGGACAGAGAAGUGCGAUAUAUCUGAUUGCUUAUCGGUUUAUGUAGAACUGAGUUUUGGGGCACCAAAUAGAAAAUUUAAAAUUUU